AUGGAUUUUUCAUCAAUUUACAGUAUCUUAGUAACGUUGGUAUUUUGUAUUUCUGCGAUAUCAGCUGUUUGCGAUGAAGAAAAGUUAGCACUGUGUAAAGGACCCAUGAAAGAUGCCAGUUCCCUGUUUUACAGAAGAAAACGAGAUGCUAGCAAUCAGCUACCGGAGUGUGGAUCUUUUGAUGAAGUUGAGAAAUGUAUGAAUAAAGAUGAUUUAUUAAAAAGUUGUCAAGGGACUGAAGAAUGGUUGAAUUCCAGAACAGUUUUAGAUUCCUAUCUUUAUAUGUGCGGUGAGGGCAAGCAAGAUACCAUUGCCAGCAUUGAUUGUUUUGAAAACGGACAUAUAUCUGUCAUUGUGAACAUGUGUUCUGAGAAGUUUUUUAAUGGUGCCGGCGAAGGAUCUCCUUGCAGUGAAGCUAGUAAGAUUCCGAAGUGUGUUGAAGAAUUGGUCAGUCAGAAAUGUAACCCAGCCGCCGGGGCCACAAUGGGAAGAAUCAUAGAACAUUCUACAAAGGCUCUUCGUGAAUACUUGAGUUGCUAG